AAGAAGAGGUUUGCACAUGUGAUGCCGACACUGAGUGACCUAAUACGAAGAAGUUCUCUGCAACAAUGAUGGUCUCGUAUUUAAAGCAUAAAUUGGGUUAAGAUUGAUUAGAUAGGAAUAAGGUAGUAAUACGUGAUAACGGCAGAUUUGUGGGACACGUCGAAGACUGAACUACCCAACUCUCUCAAUCCCAUGCACCAUGUUGGAAGGAAUUGCACAAGGUGGGUUUUGAUUGUGGAAGCCAUAAAUUAGCAAUUUCUAUACCAGGGUUUUUUACUGGUGAAAUAUGAACUUUUUCAUAAAUUUUCAGAGUGGGGUUGUGGUGUCAAGAUUUGAGAUAUUGCUAAUUUGAAGGAAGUCUUUGUGUUGUCAGUGUACUGAGAAGCAAAUGCAAAGUCUCUUAGCUUUAAGUGGUGGUUUGUGUUGUUGGUGCAUGAUAUUAUAGUAACUGAUAAGAUCAAGGAAUGGCAAUGUCUUUCCACACACUUAAUUACCCUUGUCAUACAUUUGGUUAUAUGAAUAAGCACAGAACCCAGUAUAAAACAAGGACAAAUCCGGUACUUCCGUUGUCAAUUCUGCUUCAAACUAAUGAUAGUGGUAAUUUACUUGACUCCAAGAACAGUUCCGGUAUAAGUACAGGUUCAACAAGCAAUUAUUUUAGUGGUUCCUUGCUCAGUCAAGCUAAUACAGUGGGGAUUCUUGGAGGUGUAUCUAUAGAUUCUACUUUGAAUUUCUUGAACAAAUUGGUCAGGUGGAGUUCAAAAGACGGAGAAGACUGCCUACCCUUUGUUCUUUGCUCCGAUCCUGUUUUAAACAAGGAGCUUUUAUCGCAUGAGAGAAAUUUUUUCCCGUCCCUUAACCUUAAGAAUAAAAAUGAAUAUUCCCAAAUGGAUCACACUUCAAUUCAGGAGCAUCUCAGGUGUAAAAGGGUUUUUCUCGAGCAAUCCGGAGCUCGCUGCAUAGUAAUGCCUUGUCAUGUAUCUCAUUCAUGGCAUGAUGAAGUUUCCAGGGGAUGUUCUGUUCCUUUCCUUCAUAUGGGUGAAUGUGUUGCCAGGGAGCUCAAGGCAGCAAAAUUGAGGCCGCUUGAAGCUGGAAGUCCUCUGCGGAUUGGGGUUCUUGGUGACAAUGCGACUUUGACAGCCGGGUUUUAUCAGGAGAAACUGAAGAUUGAGGGUUUUGAGGUUGUGCUGCCGGAUAAAGCAACCAUGGAACAUACAGUAAAUCCUGCAAUUGAAGCUUUACGCAGAAAGGAUAUAGAAGGGGCAAGGAAUCUGUUGAUAAUUGCACUACAAGUUCUUCUGGUAAGGGCUGUUAACACUGUCAUCCUUGCGUCUGAUGAAAUGCGGGAUCUUUUGCCACGCGAUGAUCCUCUUCUCAAAAAAUGUAUUGACCCUAUUGAUGCGUUGGCUAGAUCAACUAUCAAGUGGGCUCAAUCUGCUGAAAGAAGUACAUAAACAAUGCCUAGAACUUAAGGAUGCUGGUUUUUUGUGCAUCUCUAUUGGUAUUAUAUACAAAAUCUUGUUAAUAUUGUGAUUUUUUAAGUUAAAAUUCUUAUCAUUGAUGCAAUGUUUCAGUUUACCAAUUUAGUUAUCAUGGUAGGGCAAUUUGGGUUGAAACUGGUUCUGUUUUAUCGUGUAAAAAGAACUGAUUUGAAGAUUGUAAUGAAAGCUCAUUUAUUUAUCACAUGAACAAUUCAGAAAGAAA